AGCUCGUAAAAUUACGUACAUUCUGGAAACUGACGUCACGAAUGAGUACACGUCCACUGAAUCUAAAAAUAUCUAAAAAUGGGAGAGUAGAAGCUAUAUAUGUUGAAGUUUGUGCGUUUAUCUUCAUAUAGAAUAUUCAUUCAGUGGAAAAUUGUGGGCGCUUUACUGACUCGUUUCAUUGGCUGAACUAUGGUUGUCGCAAUCGACACAAUGGUGGAUACUGAUAUGAAAUUCGUAGACAGAGUAGACGAGAGGCUUAAUUGCCCGAUCUGUAAGAAGGUUUUCGAUGAGCCCUGGCAGACAUCGUGUGGACAUCGAUUUUGUAGCGACUGUCUGGAACGUCUUUUAGGACAAGAAAACCCAAGGUGUCCGAUAGAGGGUGAAUCAAUUUCAAGACAGCAAUCUUUUAGGGAUAAAUGCUGUGAGAGAGAAGUUCUUAAUCUUCGAUGUUUCUGCCGAUUUAAUAACAAAGGAUGCGAUUGGAAAGGGGAGCUCAGAUAUCUAAAGACACACGAAGAUAGCUGUCAGUACGGUAAUGUAAAAUGUCAAGCGUGCGGUGAAACUGUGGAGAGGAGACAGCUCACGGCGCACAGGGAGCAAGAUUGUAUCAACAGGGCAGUGGCGUGUACCUACUGUGGUGGCGAGGUUCGGCAUAGUUAUAUGAAGGAACAUUUGGAUGUGUGCCUUAAGUUUCCAAUCCAGUGCUUCUUGAACUGUGGUGAAGAGGGUAUACCAAGAGACAUGAUGGAAGAACACGUGUCCACACGUUGUCUUAAAGCUGAACAUCUAUGUCCUUUUAGUGUUCAUGGCUGUGAAUUUAAGGGCACUAAACAAAAUAUCGAUCAACACGUUACUGAAAAUAUCGAGUCUCAUCUUGAAAUAAUGAACUAUUCAAGCAAUGAAUGUAACGAGAAAUUAAAACAGAUGGAAGAGAAGAUAUAUCGUCUAGAACAAGAAAAAAGUGCUUUGGAACGUCAACUACAAAAUCAAUCAGAAGUGUUGGCAGCUGCAAGACAAAACACACAAACGCAAGAGACAAAAUUGUCCCACGUAGAAAACUCCAUCAUCGAACAAAAGAGGACAACUGAGAAAUUGCUCGCCGAUUUAAAGGUUUUUGAGGCAUCUAGAACCAAGGGAGAUGUUGUCUCGUCUCAGAUGGAAGAAAUAAUGAACACGCUGCGAGAACAAGAGAAGGAGGUGAGAAGUCUUCAGGGUGAAGUGGCCCGUUUGAAAUUAUCCCCUGCCACGCCAAAUAGUGCGAGUAACUAUUGUUCAAAAUUCGACGUGUCUCUCACUCGUGAGUCUGAACGCCGGCUGGACAGGAAUGAGCACCAGCUAGCAUUGCACGACAUUCAAUUGUCUGAUCAUGAUAUGCAGAUUCAAAUGCUGGAGGCUACAUCAUAUAAUGGCACCUACGUUUGGAAGAUCGACCGCUAUAGCCAACGCUUCCAAGAGGCUGUUACUGGAAAGACUCUAUCUAUUUACAGCCCUCCUUUCUAUGUAGGACGGUUUGGGUACAAAGUAUGUGCUCGUCUCUACCCCAAUGGAGACGGCAUUGGCAAAGGAACGCAUUUGUCAAUGUUCUUUGUUGUCAUGAGGGGUGAAUACGAUGCUUUAUUACCUUGGCCGUUUCUCCAAAAGGUUCAUUUUCGAUUGAUAGACCAGGAGAGGAUCCGGGACGCGUAUGAUGCGUUUCGCCCUGUGCCUAACAACUCAAGCUUUAAAAGACCCACAUCAGACAUGAACAUAGCAUCUGGCUGCCCGACGUUUAUUUCUCACAUGGAACUAAGGCAAGGUGGCUAUAUUCGGAACGAUACAAUGUUUAUCAAAAUAACUGUAGAUACCACUGGUCUGCAAGGAGAUAUGUGGCAGUAAAUCCUUGCCUAUUGCAACCUCUCAGGUCUUACAUAAGACCUGA